AUGACUCACUGGAGCUCACUCACUCAGGAGAUCCGCGAUAUCAUCUUGGGAUGCGUCUUUGUUCACGACCACAUCGCGCCCUAUGCUCCCGUCUCGAUAGAAUGGCGCGAUGCCAUUGAGAAAAAGACCUUUCGGCACCUUCAUAUUCAAGUCUCCUCUUCGGACACUCGCUAUAGCGCACCAGAGGUGUUUCAGACACUUAGUCAGCUGCGGAAUCGACAUCAACGACUCGUCAAACACAUAUGGCUUAACGUUGAGCUUGUCCCUGGGGGGUUUGAUCCAUCAUGGAACGUGGAUAUGUGUAUCAGCGUUGCCAUAACAUGGCUAUUCCGGGCCUUGCAAUUCUGGCCGGCACAGAACGACCUGACGCUAGAGAUCAAUGAGUAUUAUACUGCGUAUUACUCGGCGCCAUGGUUUAGAGGGCAUCACAUUGGGGGCCCAGGGGAACAAGACGGAGGUAUGCCUCUGUCGUCGGAUUCUCGACUCGAAAGCUUUGACAUGCCUUCACACAACUCACUAAUGGGUUUAUUUGAAUUCUUGGACUUCAAGCUGCAGAGAUGUCCCUCUGUCGAAGCUGUAACAAAGUUUCUUCGUCCUCGACAGUGCCGGCGUCGAUUUAAACCAGACACUCUUUCCUGCAUACUCGAGCGACUUCCUCAGCUGGAGGAGAUUUCCCUUGAGACUUGGGAUGUCUCAGAGAUUUACGGAUUCAAUUGCGUGGAAAUGUGUGCAACAUCCCUGUUCCUGCAGCCUGAUUCCUUCAGGAAUGUCAAGUCGAUGACGGUUUUCCAAGAUCGCAAUGAGUACUUUAACGCUGUAGCUCGUCACCACAUAGCUGAGUUUCAACGCCGUAUUCAGCCCCAAUCGAGGCCAACUCCGCCAGACAAAGUGCCAUGGCAUCGACCAGUACUGGCUCGGGAACUCGCUGUAGCAAGCCUUUCGCUUGAGAAUCUCUCCCUUUCUUUCUUGGUCGACGCUGUCGACUUCUUCGGCCAGUGUCGAGAAAACUGGCUCUGGGCCGACUUGCGUUCCCUUACACUGACGUCCCGACUUCUCACCUGUGAAGGUGACUCUUUCAAGAUGCACGGGCUGUUAAAAACUGUUGCGCAAAUGGCCAAGCGCAUGCCAAAGUUGGAGAGGCUUACAGUAUGGAACGGCGGAGCCAAUGAAGCAUGCGCCUUCACAUAUCGCAAGCAGCGACUCACUGCUUCGGUGACGUGGCAGGCAAAGGGUGGUACGCAGCUGAAUCCCGCAGUGUACAGAGAUUGGGAGAACUUACAUUCCGAAUGUUUUUUCGAGGUCGAGGAAAAGGAUACUUGGCCUUUGAUCACGUCUCACGCUGCUGCUAUCAUGUGCUUGGGGUUGGAGCAUGUGGUGAACGAUGUGUCGUUGAGACAGAUGCAAUUGGAGAAUAGUAUCCCUUGGUCGAAUAUCUGA